ACUGUUUGUGUUGGCAACACACAGUUUUCGGUGCUGGGCCGUCAUGCCGUCAUUCAAGGCCUUCGCGGACUUCCAGAAGAAGGCGAAGGAGGACCUGUCCGACCGUUCGAAGCUGGACCGAGCGAGAAACAGACAGGAGCUCCAAGUCGGUAUGUCUGUGCGGGUCAAGGGCCUGCAGGCGCGGCCGGAGCUGAACGGCCUCGAGGGCGUUUUGACCUUCCGAGAAGAGGAGAAGGGCCGUUGGAAGGUGGAGUUGAAGAAUGGUGGUGGCGCCAAGCUCUUCAAGGAUGCCAAUUUGGAGGCUUACCUGUCGGACCAGGAUGCCCUCAACAUCCUGAAGAAUCCAGUCUCAGUGGCGAAGGAGGAACAGAAAGCUUCGGUGCAGGUCGAGCGAGAGAAUCGCCCUAGUGUACCACCUGUUGUGGAGCCCUCCAAAGCAGCUGAGCCGCUUGAAACCGACUCUCGUCCCAAGUCUUUCCUCGAACGGUCGCGGCAAGUAGCGGACACUUCCUCCGGAGUGUCGGCCGCCGCAGUGGCCGCAGCAGCUGCGGUUGCGAAGGGUGCCAAAGCCGGGCCCAGACCAGGUGAUGAUAGUGACGUCUCAACAGCGCUGGAGGAUGACGAGGCCUUCGUGCGAUCCAUCGAGCAAUGCCUCAAGGAGCUCUUCGUGGUCGGACGUGGAGGAACACAGGAAAUGGAUGGAGAAGCACCCUACGCAAGUGUGAAUCAAGUCAAAAUGCCGCAAGGUGAGGAGGAGUGCGACGUCAUGUGGGACGACUACUGAAGUGGUUGAACCACAAAGGAGUGACUCCGCGCCACCUCACCGACGUUGACCGAAAAAA